AUGGGAAAUACAAUUGAUCAUGUAUCUGAAAGUAAAAGCACGCAAAGUUGGCAGAAGGCGUGGAGACUGCCCCUGACGGACAAGAAGUAUGUGGGUAAUGUGGACACCUCGAACCUGGACAUGUGUUACCCUGCCAUCAUCCAGAGUGGGGGUAAUUACAACCUCAAGUUCAGUGUUGUCAGUGACAAGAACAAUCUGCACUUCGGAGCAAUAGUUUGCUCACUGGGAGCAGCCCGCUACAAGUCGUACUGCUCUAACAUUGUCCGCACUCUCCUGGUAGACCCCACAGAUGCCAUCCAGGCAAACUACAAUUUCCUGGUUGAUUUGGAGGAGGAGCUGAAUAAAAACUCUGCAGGCCGGCAAGAAGCUCUGUGACGUUUACGAACAUGGCGUAAGCUACACGAAGAAAGAGAAGCCAACUCUGGUGGACAACCUCGUCAAAAAUUUUGG